AUGCCUCGUCCUAGGCAUAAUACGACCUCUUUACCUCGAGGUCUCCGACAGGAGCUCGGGAUCCGAGACCGUUUCGGCGAGCAGAAGAAUAAGCGGAACGACCAAGCUUCUCGGAAGGAUCGUCGGCGAGACGAGCGGGUGGGGAAAGGGCGAGGACCGGGCUCGAAGAGGAAUGCUGGUGGCCGGGGUUAUGACGAUGAUGAUGAUGACUUCGAUGAUUUUGAUGACGGGGCUGGUUUCGAACGCGGAUCUGAUGAGGAGAAGGGAUAUGUCAUGGCAAAAUUGAAGGCUGCGAAGCAGAAGAAGGAAAACCCCAGCUCGACUUCGAAGAAAACCAAGGUAGUGCGAGAUCUAGAAUCUGGAGACGAUGCUAGUGAUCGAGAGGAGAAGGCAGCGGACGCUCCACGCAAGAAGGCAUCCAAAGCCAUGCAGGACAAAUUGGAGCAAGACGAUGCGGAGAUAGCUGCGCUUGAGAAAAAGCUUGGAUUGAAAAAGGGCAAGCUCCCCAAAGCUUUCGCGGAUGACGGAUUGGACGCUUUGCUGGGCGACCUGGACGAAGGAUCUGCGGACGAGGGCCGAAAACGUAAACGAGAGGCAGACGAUUGGUUACAGAAUAAGCGAAAAAAGGCGCAGGGCCUGUCUGUUGACGAGCCUGAAGAGUCUCAUAGUGACCAAAUGAGUGACGAGGAAUUAGAAGACUUCGAUGAUGAAGAUGACGAGGACGAGGACAUGGAUCUAUUGGAGGAAGAUGAAGAAAGCGAAGAAGAGGAGACCGUGCCAAAGAAGCGAGAAAACCCCUACGUCGCGCCUGUCACGACAGAGAGUCAACCGGCGAAAUAUAUUCCGCCGUCACUACGAGCAGCAUCGAAUUCCGAGUCUGAGUCCCUAACGAGACUGAGAAGACAAGCGCAAGGUCAGCUAAACAAGCUGUCCGAGGCGAACCUCGUUUCCAUACUGGCGGAAUUCGAGAAGCUUUAUCGCGAAUACCCUCGCCAAAACGUAACGUCUACACUGAUUUCUCUACUCUUCCAACUCAUAUGUGAGAGAUCUGCGCUUAGUGAUACCUUCAUCAUCCUGCAUGCGGGCUUCAUCGCAGCCAUAUACAAGAUCAUGGGCAUGGAUUUCGGAGCAGAGCUUGUUCAAAAGAUUGUGGAAACAUUCGAUGCCGGUGGAGACGAAAGGGCCAAGUUUGAAGGGAAAGAGACGAUCAACUUGAUUGCCCUUCUAUCACAGCUCUACAACUUCCACGUUGUCGGAAGUACUUUGGUCUUUGAUUAUAUCCGGUUGUUUCUGCAAGAUAUCAACGAGGAUAGCACAGAGCUCCUCCUCAAGGUCAUCCGAAACUCCGGCCCUCAACUUCGACAAGACGACCCGUCAUCACUCAAGGACAUCGUCCUCCUCAUCCAGCCAGCCGUUGCAAAAGCCGGCGAGGCCUCCCUCUCCGUCCGAACAAAAUUCAUGAUCGACACAAUCACAGACCUGAAAAACAACCGCCUCAAAUCUGGAGCCAACUCGACCGUCGCCUCAGAACAUAUUACCAAGAUGCGCAAAAUCCUCGGCUCCCUCAACAACUCGCGCGUCAUCCGUGCCUCAGAGCCUCUCAGCAUCUCCCGAAACGACAUCCACAACUCUUCCAAAAAGGGCAAAUGGUGGCUCGUCGGCGCCAGCUGGAGAGAAGACCCUCUCGAGUCCGCCCGGCAGGAACUCUCUGGCGUACCGCUAAGCAACCAAGCCGGCGCCGCGAUGGAAGAUGACAGCGACGAUGAACCAGACUUCGGCUCCAUCGCCAAAGCACACCGCAUGAACACUGAUGUCCGCCGCUCCAUCUUCGUCGCUAUCAUGUCCGCAACAGACUACCAAGACGCACACGUGCGCCUCCUCAAACUCCGCCUCAAACGGGCGCAGGAGUUCGAAAUACCGCGUGUCCUCACACACUGCGCCAUGGAAGAAGACGCCCAUAACCCGUACUACACGCUAAUCGCACGCCGACUCUGUGGGGAACUAGGCCGCCGCAUCAAAGUCUCGUUUAUGUUCACAUUAUGGAACAUCUUCAAGCGCAUGGGCGAAACGGGGGACCUUGACGAAGAUGAUGAAGACGAAGCUGGCCUGCACGGUGAAGACGAGGAGAAUCCGCUAUCCAUGAAAGCGAUUGUCAACCUUGCAAAGAUGUACGCCUCUCUUAUCGCAGAUAAUGCACUCACCCUUGGAAUCCUGAAAACACUUAACUUUGCAUACCUGCAACCAAAGACAAAGACAUUCGUCGAGCUCCUCAUGAUCAGCAUCAUCCAACAAUCACAGAAACAGAAGAAGAAGAAGAAGUCCAAAUCGAAGUCAAAGUCCAAGGACGAAGAAGAGCCAGCUCUCGAUGAAAGGCCUCUCGUGGAGAUCUUCAUGCGGACCCGCGAUACACCGCAGAUUGUUAAGGGGUGUAUAUUCUUCUUGAAAAAGGUUGUUGUGAAGACGGAUAUUGUUGCUUCGGAGAAGGAGCAGGUCAUGGUGAAAUGGGGUGUGAAGGUUGCUGUUGAUGCGUUGAAGGUUGUGGAGGCUGAUGAGGGUGCGCUGUGA